GGCCCAUAGGACGCAUGCGCGCAACCACUUUGCCAAAGGGACACACUUCCCAACUGCGCGGUUUUGCUGCUCGGACGCACCUGAAUUGGCACCCACCCUUUGCGCCCUUUACGUAGCUCACAACGACCGGGAAAAAACAAUAAGCAUAGAAUGGAAGUUAUGCGGCCAACGCUAAUCCGAAUUGGAGGACGUAUUUACAGGAAAAAUCAUAUUCGAGAGAAGGCCCACCAACCUGAAGAGGAGGACGAGGAGGUCUAUGCAGGACUGGGGGAUGGUACAGAUGAGCCUUGUGAUGCCUUUGUGAUAGAAGAGACCGAAAGAGGUUACCGGUGUGCUGUUGAUGUUCCCAGCCCACUCUACAAGUAUAUAAUAGGAAAGAAAGGAGAAACAAAAAAGAAACUUGAAACAGAAACCCGAACCUCCAUCAGUAUUCCCAAGCCUGGAGUGGAGAGAGAAAUUGUGAUUACGGGACAACACCGGAAUGGUGUUAUUUCCGCACGAACCCGGAUUGACGUUCUUGUUGAGAGCUUUCGCAAAAAACAGCCUUUCACACACUUUCUGUCAUUUGCCCUCAAUCAACCUGCAAUUCAGGAAAAGCUUCUACAAUUCAAGAAAGAAGUGCUGGAAAAGUGUUCAAGUGACUGUGGUGUCAGCAGCAGUCUGUUCCAAAACCCGGCCAAGUUCCACAUGACUAUUGGCACGCUGGUGCUCCUGAAUGAGCAGGAAAUCCAGAAGGCCCAGGAGCUUCUGCAGAAGUGUAAAGAAGAGUUUGCUGAUGCAAUUGCUGGAGGCGAACCGCUAACUGUGGAAGUCGCAAGUAUUGAGUACAUGAAUGAUGAUCCAGCUAUGAUGGAUGUUCUCUAUGCAAAAGUCACUAUGAAGGAUGGAUCCAACAAGCUACAGCAACUCGCAGACAAAUUGAUGGAUCGGUUUGUGACCUCAGGGCUAAUGCUGAAAGAGUGGGAUAGAGUGAAACUCCAUGCUACUGUUAUGAACACGCUUUUCCGGAAAGAUCCCAGUGCUGAUGAGCAAAGCAGCACAACCACCGGCAAAUUUUUCAGGGAAAGGGAGUCAUUUGAUGGCCGAAACAUUAUGAAACUUUUUGAGAAGUUCUGCUUUGGAGACGUGCAGCUGAAUUCAGUCUAUCUCUCUCAGCGAUUCUCCACCGACAGCUCUGGUUACUAUGCGACAUCUGGGCAGCUCACUUUCUCCUAAAGUCAUCUGCCUCAACAGAGAUCGUAUGUCAUCAGACCUGCACACUGGACAAGACGAUGGUGGUUGAAAAGGGUCCUGUUGUUUAGACUGGGUCUGUCCUGCUCUGUUUUGCCAAGGAUCUGAACUAGUAAACCCACCAGAAAUGAACCUACCGAAAGGAAGAUGGCCCCGUGGUCAAUAAGGUUUUCUUUGUUUUGUUGAUGUUUAUACUGAAGAAUAAAUGCUGGAUGCAGAAGGAAUAAUCACA